AUGAAUUUCGAUGUUGGAGGUCCAUCAUACUUAUCAUCAUCUUCAUCUUCGGAUGAUGAUAAUUUUCUAUCCAAUAUCAUUGCAGAGAUUGAUGAAACCGAAGAAGUAAUUUGUGAGUACAUUAACAACAACAUAAUCCUCGUUAACAAUUUACGUCAACACAACUACCAACCGAUCCAUGGUGGCUCGAUUCUCGGUCAUGCAGUGAUCAACCGCGAUCGAGAAAAUGCGCAUCAGAAUUUGGUCAUAGAUUACUUUGCCGAUAAUCCACGUUUUGGAGAAGAUAUGUUUCGUCGUCGAUAUCGGAUGUCAAGAAGUUUGUUCCUUCGUAUUGUUGAUGCAGUGAAAGAUCAUGACUAUUACUUCCAACAACGAAGUGAUGGACUUGGUAGAAUGGGAUUAUCACCGUUACAGAAAGUAACAGCUGUUUUUCGCAUGUUGGCAUACGGUCUACCAGCUGAUGCUACGGACGAAUACGUUAAAAUAGGUGAGUCAACAGCAAUUGAAAGUAUGACAAAAUUUUGUCGUGCUAUGGUGGAAAUAUUCGCAGAGCGGUAUCUACGAACACCUAACGCUAACGAUAUUGCUAGGCUACUCUAUAUUGGAAAAAAACGUGGUUUUCCAGGAAUGUUAGGAAGUCUUGAUUGUAUGCAUUGGAAAUGGAAAAAUUGUCCAACAGCAUGGUCUGGGCAAUACACAGGACGUAGUGGGUCACCAACUAUUAUCCUCGAAGCUGUGGCAGAUUAUGAUCUUUGGAUAUGGCACGCAUAUUUUGGUAUGCCAGGCACCAAUAAUGAUAUCAAUGUGCUGGAGUCAUCUAAUCUUUUCUCUAACCUAGCUCAAGGUAUUGCUCCUCCCGCUCACUAUGUUAUUCAAGGAAAAGAGUAUAAUAUGGGUUAUUAUUUAGCUGAUGGUAUAUAUCCGAAAUGGGCUACUAUUGUACAAACAAUCCAACAGCCACAAGGUAGGAAGAAAAAAUAUUUUGCCAUGAAACAGGAAGCAUGUAGAAAAGAUGUAGAACGUGCGUUCGGAGUUCUCCAAUCACGAUUUGCAAUCGUGGCAGGAUCAGCACGUUUUUGGAAAAAACAUGUAUUACAUGACAUAAUGACUGCAUGCAUUAUUAUGCACAAUAUGAUAAUCGAGGAUGAACGUGAUCUUUAUGCACCAAUUCAAGAAGUGAGGGAAGCACCAACACCAGAAGUUGAUAUGGUAGCAGAUGAAACUACAAGAUUUACUCAAUUUAUUGCACGUUACGGAAAAAUCAAGGAUAAAGAUGCCCAUAUUGCGCUUCAUAAUGCAUUGAUAGAUCAUCUAUGGGAGGAAUACACUAAUUCAGAUAGUUAA